AGUCGGCAUAUAGUCGGCAAGCUGCUACAGCUGCAGCUGCUAUCUCAGUAGUAAAGCAGAGAGCGACCACGAUCCGGGAGACCCAUCGCUCGCGCCUGGUCGCGCGAGGUCUUUGCUUCUUCUGAGAGAAUAGAUUCUUUUUUCCCUUUGGAAACCAUUCUCUCUCUCUCUUUCUCUCUCUCUCUCUCUCUCUCUCUCUCUCUCCCUCCCCCGUCGUUUUGCCCACGUAGUGCGAUUGAUUUAGGUGCUUGUGUCGUGAUUCGUUGUGGUGUUGUUAUUGGUGGUGGUGUUGACUGAAUCGAGUCUGGAGCAUGACGAGGAGGCACACGUUGAUCGUGAAACUCAAGAGAUCGAGCACCGGCAGACCAUGGGGCAUAAGGAUCGCCGGAGGCGCCGAUUUGGGCACGCCGAUCGUCGUCACCCGCUCGGAGAACGAGGCGCUCCAGAGGGGUGACAUGAUCAAGAAGAUAGACGAUUACGACGCGCGCGACGUGAGGCAUGUAGACGCACAGAAUCUCCUCCAAAACUCCGAAACCAUAAAGCUAGUCAUCGAAAGGUCUGAGCCGUCGAGAGCAUCAUCACGUACAAGCAUCGACACUAGCAUCACCGCGUCACCAUCACCACCCACGAUUUUCAGGCCGAUCGUUGGCAACGGGGCUGCGGCCACUAGUCUGUACAAGCAACCAAAGGAACAUCCGCAACAAUUACCGAAGAGUCCAGUACCACCACCUUCGGUCGAGGAGUAUAGGUCAACGCCAACGCCGGAAUACACUGUUCGCAGCGCGAUCCUUUUGCCGCACGAACAUCUCGACGAGAUUCGCGAGGAAAGGGUUCACCUGUCGCAGCCUUACCGUACGACUCCUCUGGUCUUGCCGGGUGCUAAGGUCAAGAAGGAUGCCCCUCUCGGCGAAUGCUACCUGCGACAUCAUCCGAAUCCGAUGAUCAGGGCGGCGCCUCAUCAUUACGAGCCGGCUCACCCUGAAGUCGCUAUGAAGCAAAAGGUGGCGGAAACGGUACUUCAGCGUGUCGUGGGACCGAAUGAUGUUCCAAAGAUUGUCCACAAGCAAUUCAACUCGCCGAUCGGACUUUACUCGGAUCAAAACAUCGCAGACACUAUCAAAUGCCAAGCGUCCGCCGUACCCAUUUUCAUAGACUUUUCCUUCCUGAAACAGAAACAGGAAAUACAGGAGCAAGCGAGAAUCUUGAAAGAGCAGGCGAAGGCCGCCUCCUCGAAGAACGUGUGGCCGCAAUUCAAUAGACCAAAUUAAAAAUUGUCGAGAGACGUUCGAGACGUUUUCCGAUGCUUCUCGCACGUCGGAUCUACGACGGCAGAGUUUCCCGGUUUUCACGUGGACCACGUUGGGCACGUUCUCUGUUGGGCAAUAAAUUAUGCAAUAUAUUCGUCUAUCGGGAUUGUUAGAUAGCCUGUUAAAGAAAUUUGUUAUGUAGCCUAAUGAAAAGAUUUAUGAUGAAUUUGAAAAUUAUUGAGAAUAUAUUUUUAUUAUUAUUGAAAAAUAAUUAUCGCAAAUCGAAAUAUUUUUUGGGAAUUCAUUAAAUUUACAAUUUGAUAAUUUGCCAUCACAACUUUGAAACAUUAAAUUAUUUAUUUUUAAAUCUUUUCUGAUUAUCAUCAAUAUUUUAAUGGUUUUAAACUGUGAGCAAUUAAUUAAUUUAAACGAGUCUAACACAGCGAACGUGGCCACUGAGUUUACGAAUCCCUCGAAAUGAUUGUGCGGUUGUUAUUUCGGGUUAAUUUGCCGUUCAUAUUACACAGUAGAAGUCGUAGACACGAAUUAUUUGAUGAAAUUUGUAAAUAAAUUUCAUAGUGCCUCCGCGAGUCCGUGCAAAAGUGCUUUUCCUUUAGCAGUAAAUUCUUGCAUGUAACAAAGUAGUGAAUAAUCAAUAAUAAUGAAUACAGUAGUU